CAACAGCUUUCAUUUCGAAAAAACCACCGGCCGCAGCAUGCGCUUGGUAUACCUUCUCGCUGCGCUGGCGACAUGCGCUGUUGCCGACGACCGCGAUGAGCUCCUCGACCGCAUGAACGUCUGGAAGCAGAGCGGCGCCGGCCUCGAGGCGCUGAGGCGCAACCUCUCGAGCCCGCUCGAGUCUACCAACAUUGACGCUGAGCUCGCCGCGUUCAAUGCGACGCUGCAGACGGUCGCGGAGCUCAACAAGCUGCACCCGCUUGCGCGCUUUUCAGAAAACAACCCGUUUGCACUCAUGACCCAAGACGAGUUUGAAGCGUACGUCGCCGGCAACAAGCCGGCGCGCAACGAGACGUGGACGCAGACCGAAGACGCGACGGUCUUGCCGGCGUCGACGGCCACGACGUCGGUCGACUGGUCGACCUCGGGCUGCGUCGCGCCCGUGCGCAACCAAGGCGUGUGUGGCUCGUGCUUUGCGUACGCCGCGGUCGCCGCGGCCGAAAGUGCCUACUGCCUAGUCAACAACCGCCAGCUCACGCUCUUCUCGGACCAGCAGGCGCUCAGCUGUGGGCCGGGCAAUGGUUGCUACGGCGGCUGGUCCGACCUCUCGCUCGGGUGGAUGGCGGCCAACGGCGUGUGCACGCUUGACGCCUACCCCAACAGUAACGAGUGGACAAUGACGACAGCCGCCUGCGCGAAGAACUGCGCGCCCAUCAGGAUGCCGUUCACGACGGUCGCCAGCACUGUCGGCGAGCUCGAGCUCGAGCAAGCGCUCAACAUCCAGCCGGUCGCGGUCGACAUUGGCUCAUCGAGCCCGGUCUUCAAGAACUACGCCGGCGGCAUCAUCACGGGGGGCUGCGACACGUGGUUCGAUCACGUCCUCCUCGGUGUUGGCUACGGCAACGACGGCGGUGUCCCGUUCUUCAAGAUGAAAAACUCGUGGGGAAAAUGGUGGGGCGAGGACGGCUACGUCCGGCUUCAACGCGGCGUCGGCGGCAUCGGUACGUGCGGUCUCGCCCGCCACGCCGCGUACCCGAUCGUCUUCAAGCCGCAAGUCAACCUCGUCACGGCCACCGGCAAUGUCAUUUCCGAGUACUACUCCAACUUGUAUGCAGGCCCGAGCCGCGGACCGUCGCCCAACGUGGAGUGGAGCUACGACAUCAGCACGCACCAGAUCAAGGUCAACUCGAACCACGAGUGCCUUGACGCCUACGUCGACGGCAGUGCGUACAAGGUGCACACGUACAAGUGCGACGCCUCGAACGGCAACCAGCGCUGGCGCAUCGACAGCGCCAGUCACCGCAUCCAGCACAUGACACACGCUAACCUCUGCCUCGACGUCGACCCGAGCCAGAACAACAAGGUGCAGGUGUGGGCCUGUGGCAACCCAGCGCCGAACCAGUGGCUGGCGGUCUCGGAAGAAAUCGUGAAGCUCUACAGCUUCAACAACCGGUUUCUAUCGUCGAACGGCGAGAUGAUCCAGUUCCCGCCCGAAGGCAGCUACCCGUACGAGUGGGUCGUCAACAACGUGGACAACACGUGGCGCGCGCGCUCCAACACGGGCGACCCGCAGCGCUGCCUCGACGCCUACCAGCCCUGGAACGGCGGCGUCGUGCACUUGUACGCGUGCGACGCGACCAACGCCAACCAAAAGUGGCGCUACGACGCGAGUACGCAGCAGCUCCGCCACGUGACGCACGUUGGCUUCUGCCUCGACAUGCGGACGGCAGAAGGUAGCCAAGCGCACCUGUGGCGAUGCAAUGCGCCGACCAACGACCUCCAGCGCUUCACCUAUGUCUCGCAGUCGUUUCCGUAAACUUUUGGGAUAGUCUAAUUUUAAAACUGAUUUUUAUGUGACAA